UCUCCCGGGUCCCACCCGGCUCCGGCCCCCCGCGCCUACGCCGAGCCGAGCCUCUCCGCCCUACCGCCGUGUCCCCAGCCCCGGGGCGCGGCCGUCACCCGCACCAUGCGCACGGCAGCCCUGCUGCUCCUGCCCUCGCUGCUGGCGCUCCUGGCUCACGGACUGUCCUCAGAGGCCCCAACCAUGGGAGAAGGGCCAGCCCCAGGCGUCAAGGAGACGGAUAGAGAGCUCACUGCAGCCCCCACUCCUGAGCAGCCAGACCGAGGCGUGCACUUCGUCACCACAGCCCCUACCCUGAAACUGCUCAAUCACCACCCGCUGCUGGAGGAAUUCCUUCAAGAGGGACCCGAGAGGGGUGAGGGGCAACUGAGGCCGGCCCUGCCCUUUCAGCCUGACCCGCCUACGCCUUUCACUGCAAGCCCCCUUCCCCGCCGGGCCAACCAGGACAACCGUCCAGUCUUUACCAGCCCGACCCCGGCGGUGGCUGCAGUACCCACGCAGCCUCGGCCCAGGGAGGGACCUUGGAGUCUGGAAUCAGAGGCCCCUGGGCUUCGUAGCACAGCUCCUCUCCCUCCCGGACCCGUGAUGGCAGUACCCACCCCGCGCCCAGGGGACAGGCCCAGUACUACACCCCCCAGCCAAGCAUGGACUCCAACCCAAGAGGGUCCUGGAGACAUGGGCAAGCCGUGGCUUCCAAAGGGCGUAUCUCAGGCCACAGGGCAUGGGAUUGAAGGGACCGUCGCCACCUCCACAGCUUCUGGGGACGAUGAGGAGACCACCACCACCUCCACCAUUGUUACCACCACCAUCACCACAGUCCAGCCACCAGGCCCCUGUAGCUGGAAUUUCUCAGGCCCAGAAGGCUUUCUGAACUCUCUUAUGACCCCCGGCUCACCCUCUGAUGUCGGCCUGGACUGUUUCUACUACAUCUCUGUUUACCCUGGCUACGGCGUGGAGAUCAAGGUCCAGAACAUCAGCCUCCAGGAAGGGGAGACCCUAAUUGUGGAGGGCCUGGGGGGGCCUGACCCACUGCCCUUGGCCAACCAAUCUUUUUUGCUGAGGGGCCAAGUCAUCCGAAGCCCCACCCACCAAGCAGCCCUGAGGUUCCAGAGCCUUCCACCCCCUGCUGGGCCUGGCACUUUCCAUUUCCACUACCAAGCCUAUCUCCUGAGCUGCCGCUUUCCUCGACGUCCACCUUAUGGAGAUGUGACUGUCACCAGCCUCCACCCAGGAGGCAGUGCUCGCUUCUACUGUGCCACUGGCUACCAGCUGAGGGGUGCCAGGUUCCUCACCUGCCUCAAUGCUACUCAGCCUUUCUGGGACUCCAAGGAACCUGUCUGCAUUGCUGCCUGCGGCGGAGUGAUCCGCAAUGCCACCACUGGCCGCAUCGUAUCGCCGGGUUUCCCCGGCAACUACAGCAACAACCUCACCUGCCACUGGCUGCUGGAGGCUCCUGAGAGCCAACGCUUGCACUUGCACUUUGAGAAGGUCUCCCUGGCAGAGGAUGAUGACAGGCUUAUCAUCCGUAAUGGAGACAACGUGGAAGCCCCGCCUGUGUAUGACUCCUACGAGGUGGAAUACUUGCCCAUUGAGGGCCUGCUCAGCUCCGGCAGACACUUCUUUGUGGAGCUCAGUACUGAUAGCAGCGGGGCAGCAGCGGGCAUGGCUCUACGCUAUGAGGCCUUCCAGCAGGGCCACUGCUAUGAGCCCUUCGUCAAAUACGGCAACUUCAGCAGCAGCGCUCCCUCCUACCCUGUGGGCGCCACUGUGGAGUUCAGCUGCGACCCUGGCUACACCCUGGAACAGGGUUCCAUCAUCAUUGAGUGCGUUGACCCGCAUGACCCCCAGUGGAACGAGACAGAGCCAGCCUGCCGAGCUGUGUGCAGCGGGGAGAUCACAGACUCCGCGGGUGUGGUGCUGUCUCCAAACUGGCCGGAGCCUUACGGCAGAGGGCAGGACUGCAUCUGGGGGGUGCACGUGGAGGAGGACAAGCGCAUUAUGUUGGACAUUCGAGUGCUACGCAUAGGGCCUGGAGAUGUACUGACCUUCUACGAUGGGGAUGACUUGACAGCCCGGGUCCUGGGCCAGUACUCAGGGCCCCGCGGCCACUUCAAGCUCUUUACCUCCAUGGCUGAUGUCACCAUCCAGUUCCAGUCAGAUCCUGGGACUUCAGUGAUAGGCUACCAGCAGGGAUUUGUCAUCCACUUCUUUGAGGUGCCCCGCAAUGACACGUGUCCGGAGCUGCCUGAGAUCCCCAAUGGCUGGAAGAGCCCGUCACAGCCUGAGCUGGUACACGGCACUGUGGUCACUUAUCAAUGCUACCCUGGAUACCAGGUGGUGGGAUCCAGUGUACUCAUGUGCCAGUGGGACCUAAGCUGGAGUGAGGACCUGCCCUCGUGCCAGAGGGUGACAUCAUGCCACGACCCAGGGGACGUAGAACACAGCCGACGUCUGGUAUCCAAUCCUAAAUUUCCUGUGGCGGCCACUGUCCAGUACAUCUGCGACCAGGGUUUUGUGCUGACAGGCAGUGCCAUCCUCACCUGCCAUGACCGCCAAGCUGGUAGCCCCAAGUGGAGCGACCGGGCCCCAAAAUGUCUCUUGGAACAACUCAAGCCAUGCCAUGGCCUCAGUGCCCCUGAGAAUGGUGCCCGCAGUCCUGAGAAGCGGCUACACCCGGCAGGGGCUACCAUCCACUUCUCCUGUGCCCCUGGUUAUGAGCUUAAGGGCCAGACCAGCAUCAAGUGUGUGCCUGGCCACCCCUCACACUGGAGUGACCCUCCACCCAUAUGUAGGGCUGCCUCUCUGGAUGGGUUCUACAACGGCCGUAGCCUGGAUGUUGCCAAGGCACCUGCCACCUCCAGCGCCUUGGAUGCUACCCACAUGGCAGCUGCCAUUUUUCUGCCCCUGGUGGCCAUGGUGCUGCUGGUGGGAGGCGUGUACCUUUACUUCUCUAGGCUCCAGGGAAAAAGUCCCCUACAGCUACCCCGAACACGUCCUCGCCCCUAUAAUCGCAUCACAGUGGAGUCAGCAUUUGAUAAUCCAACUUAUGAGACUGGAUCUCUUUCCUUUGCAGGAGAUGAGAGAAUAUGAAGUCUCCAUCUAGGUUGGGGCAGCCUGGGGAUGCCGACACAGCCCUGUGUUACAGCCCAGUGGUAGGGCUCUCAACUCCUUGUUGUACCCCACCUCCUGUACAUACCACCUGGGAAGAGAUGCCAACCAGUUCCGCAAGAAGUUGUGCCCUGCCCUGCCUGCAAUGCCCACCAAGACUUAUAUUUCUUGACACCACUGCCUGCUUAGGGCUUUUCUUUGGUCCCAAGUCAGGGGGCAUCUGACUUGGAUAGAAUGCAGCUGGAACACAUCACCAAGAGCCAGCAUUUGCCUGACCUCUCCCAUGCCCUGGCCCUCCUGCUUGGAAGUCACAGACAGAGGUUCCACAUGGCCACCAUCCAGCCCUGGCAUUUGGACCCUCCAGCCAAGCUGAUUUGACGGCAGUGGGAAAAGCACCAGGGCACUCUUCACAGCGACAUCACCAGUGGCCAACACUGGUCUCAAUAGAAAUCUCUGGAUAGUCCUGGUAUACCAACAUCAGCCCCUCAGGGAGGUUUCUCUAGUCCUUACAGGCCCAGAAUUGAAAAGAUCUGCCUCCUGCCUAUCCCAGCAGAGGUGAUAAUUGUAAGGGAUCAUAAAGGGUUCAAGGACUCUACCCCAAGCUCAGGCUGAGCUUCACCAGGUUCUCAUGCUCCACACCAAAGCAAGACACCAAACUGCUUCCUGGAAGCCCUAUGUCCUGAAAAGAGGGAGACCUUCCUUGAUGUUUUUCCCGGCUGUUACAAAAGUCCCCUUUCUCACUAGCACCCCCCCCCUCCAGGCCACUUGCUAGGCUCCCCCUCCUGCCACUGUGUUAUGGCCUGCAGGGAGUAGACAGGCAUAUUCUGGAGAGGAGAAGAAAUGCAAGGACCCAGGAAUUUGGCAUGGAACAAGGGGUCGGAAAGCCCCAGGAAGAUGCCCAGUUCUGACUGAAGGCCACUUUGUACAUAUGAUGUAUUAUAGCUGGGCUCCAGCCACAGAACAAUCUUUUAUUUCUGUUGUUUCCUUAUUAAAAUGGUGUUUUUUGAAAAAAAAAA